UCGCCGGGCUCCUGAAAGGCAGCUCAACUAAAAAGUGUGCUGCGAGACAGUGAGAGCCUCGGCAGGGCUGCACUGCAAAAACACAGAGGUUGAGAGGGUUAAGAGAGAACGAAGGCGAGGGAGAGAGCUGGAAUAGAGCACAAAGAGGAGGAAAGUGGAGCAAGGGAGGGGAUUUGAACGCCCGGGUGAGGGGGAAGAGAGGCAGAGGAAGAGGGAAAGACAAAAGAAAGAGAGGGAGACGUAGUAGGAGCAGGGGGAAGCGAGGGGACGGAGCAAAUGGCUACGGAGGAGACGGCAGGGGGAGCGCGCAAAGCCACCAAGAGCAAACUGUUUGAGUUCCUGGUCCAUGGAGUGCGUCCUGGAAUGCCGUCUGGAGCGAGGAUGCCCCACCAGGGUGCUCCCAUGGGCCCCCCCGGACCCCCGUUCGGUGGGAGCCCUGCGGUGCGGCCCGGCCUACCCGCCCCGGUCAUGGAGCCCAGCCGCAAGAGACCUGCCCCCUCCCAGCAGGUCCAGCAACAGCAGAACGUCCAGAACCGGGCCAGAAAGAAGCCAGUGGGAUUCCCCGGAGCCAAUGAGAUGCCAGCGAGGCAGAUGGACAUGAGAGAUGCCCAAUCAGAUCCAACGCUCGGAUCAAACGCCAAGAGAAGGAAAAUGGCAGACAAGAUUCUUCCACAGAGGAUUCGUGAGCUGGUCCCGGAGUCCCAGGCUUACAUGGACCUGUUGGCCUUUGAACGUAAACUGGACCAGACCAUUAUGCGUAAACGGGUGGACAUCCAGGAAGCCCUGAAGAGACCCAUGAAGCAAAAGCGUAAACUGAGGCUGUACAUCUCCAACACCUUCAACCCUGCCAAGCCUGACGCUGACGACUCAGACGGCAGUAUUGCAUCAUGGGAGCUGCGGGUUGAGGGGAAGCUGCUGGAUGAUCCUGGGAAGCUGAAGAGGAAAUUCUCCUCGUUCUUCAAGAGCCUGGUGAUCGAGCUGGACAAAGACCUGUAUGGUCCUGACAACCACCUGGUAGAGUGGCACCGCACUCCCACCACCCAGGAGACGGACGGCUUCCAGGUGAAGAGGCCAGGGGACGUGAGCGUGCGUUGCACACUGCUGCUAAUGCUAGACUACCAGCCCCCCCAGUUCAAGCUGGACCCUCGUCUUGCUCGCCUGCUGGGUAUCCACACCCAGACCCGCUCCUGUAUCAUCCAGGCCCUGUGGCAGUACGUCAAGACCAACAAGCUGCAGGACUCCCACGACAAGGAGUACAUCAACUGUGACAAGUACUUUCAGCAGAUCUUUGACUGCCCGCGGCUCAAGUUCUCGGAGAUCCCCCAGCGUCUCACCAACCUCCUCCUGCCCCCUGACCCCAUCGUCAUCAACCACGUCAUCAGCGUGGACCCUAAUGACCAGAAGAAGACAGCGUGCUAUGACAUCGACGUGGAGGUGGAGGACCCCCUGAAGAGCCAGAUGAGCAGCUUCCUGCUCUCCACUGCCAACCAGCAGGAGAUCGCCUCACUGGACAACAAGGUGGGACAACCACACAAGAAGGAUAGCCAAUCACAAUUACCCAAGAUGACCUUUAAGAUCCACGAAACCAUUGAGUCCAUCAACCAGUUAAAGAUCCAGAGGGACUUUAUGCUCAGCUUCUCCAGAGACCCUAAGGGCUACAUCCAGGACUGGCUCAAGUCCCAGAGCAGAGACCUGAAGCUGAUGACGGACGUGGUGGGGAACCCGGAGGAGGAGAGGAGGGCGGAGUUUUACCACGAGCCCUGGUCUCAGGAGGCCGUCAGUCGUUACUUCUACAGUAAGAUCCAGCAGAGGAGACAGGAGUUGGAGCAGGCCUUGGCUGUGAGGAACACCUAAACACCCUGUCAAGGACGUCUCUCUCUCUCUCUGCACUCUUCAUCUGACCCCAGACCUGUGUUUUUGUGUGUUGUGUGUUUUUUUUUUUUUAUCGCUGUAGUACUGACCUCUGGCCCAUCCCCCAAUUGCAUGUGUCCAAAACAAACGUCCCUCAAUCUGUUCAGCUCUGACUGACCGAAUAUCUCUCUCCACACUCCUGCGACCACAGGCCUUUGGCGGACAUUUUGUUUCUCAAAAGAACCCACUAGCAUAUCACUGUCUUUCCAUAGAGACUAGAAGUCAUUGUACCAGCUGCCUGCAGAACGAUCACUGUUUUAGAUCCUUCUCAUCUCAACCAGAUGGACUUUUCUGCUGAGUCAUAGUGCCCCACUGCGUCUCAUUCGGAUGAGCCCAAAGUGGUCGUUUGUAACCCAAUGUUUCAAGUGUGACUCACACACAGUGGAUUGUGCCCAUUGUUUUAGUGUAUCAUUAGUGGUGUUGGUCAUGUGAGCAAUAUGCUUCAAGUGUGCAUGUGUGUUUUUGAUGUGCGGAAACCAAAUUUACACCAGCAGAAUGAAGAUUACUGUAUGAAGUAAUGGGUCGGGGGACUGGGCUAAUUUCCCUUCUGAAGCCCAAAUGUUGAGGUCUGUCAUUUAAAAAAUUAACUUGUUCAAGGAAGGUAGCUUUCAUGAAUGAGAUUUCCCCCCAUUAUUAACUAAUCAAGACCCAAUCUAAGAUGAGUUUAUUUGUUCCACCUUUCUACCGUAAUUCCCUUAAACAAUGUAACUGUAAAAGUAGAUCUCUGUAUAAGUGAAUAUAUUCCAUCAGAUUUAAGUUAAAAGGGACAAGGAUGAAUAAGACUCAUAUCUGUUGACCGUAGAAGAUGGACGUUAACGCGAGGAGGUAACGGUAGGCACAAGGCGAAGUAAUGUAGUAACACUUGGCGGCCACAGCGUGGCGCCUUAGAGCCAGGACAGCCUGCAUGUUUUUACACAGUCUAACUCUCUGUAACACAGAGCACCCAGACAGACUUGUCCCCUGAAGGCACUUCUUGACCGCAGUAAAUUACCGUGCAAAAUGGAUUAACGUUAGUGGUUAAAUGUUUGUGUUGCUAUUUUAGACAGAUAUGUAUUCCAGGGGCUCAAUGUCCUGCCAUAAUAACUGUACAAAAAGUCAUGUUUGGGAAGAGUAUUAGCUACAGAACCCUCUCAGUGCUCAAAUCAGUGUUUUUUAAUGUUAACGAAGGACACAUUUUGGGAUAUGGUGUGAGUAACCAACACCAUUUCCUAUGUUGAAGAAUCAUGGGGCGGGCAGUGAAAAUGCAGCCUGACAAAUGUUUGGCCCGAAACUUUUAGUCAUCCUUUUAUUCGAAAUGAAUUGGGAAAUAGGUCUUUGUUUCAUUGUAUUUUUUUAGUUAACAUUUAUUGUGAACUACCAGUCUGAAGUGGAUCUGUCUGACAGCAUUUUGUCCUUGAACGUUUUGACGGAGUCACCAAAGGUCUCGAUGAACAGUAUUAGAAUGGUUCAAAUGGACAAUGAAUAACGAUUACCGUGAUUUUGUCUAAACCCGAUAAAGCUACAUUACCAGUUGAUAUUGAACACGGGUGAAUAGGACAACGUUUUUAAAGGAAACCUCUGAAUGUAAAUCUUUUUUUUUUCAUUAUUUUUUUUCAGGGAGAGCACUGUUUGUGUCAGUGUGUUUGGUUUAGUGAAGUGCGGGACAUGGGGUGGGAAGGAUCGGGGUCCAUACGUUUAAAGCUGUAGGACAGGGGUGCUAGUGUCCCUCUGUGUACACUUGAGGGAAGGGUGUGGGGGAUGGUUAUUUUAGGCCCUUCUUGUUGAGUUUUAAUAGGGCAGAACCACAAAAUGUAAUGCUGGGAGUGAUGAUACCUCCCUCUCUCCCCACCCACAGGGAACGCCCAUCUCUUUAACUAACUUCCACAGCAACUCAGUUCUGUGCCCUUCUACAGUAGUUUCGUGCUUGUGAUGGGAGAAGCCUUCUCAGAAAUCCGUUUCUGAUAUGAAGUCAACACUGCUGUCUUCUGUAAGGUUCAGUCACAUCAAAAUUGUGUCCAUGUUACAUCUCUUUUGUGUCAACAUUUUCUUCAACGUAGCUGAGACCUAACUCAGCAUAAACAAAGAGGUUGGAUUUCUUAAAGACCUAUGCAUGCUGCAUGGACAGGUUUUAUACAUUUAAC